GAAUACUUAAAAAGUCGAGAGUUUAUGACUAAUGCUGAAUCUAGUCUCUGUCAAUUUCAAAUCAGAGUAUGUAUAUCAUCCAUUACAGGAUAUUUACAGAACACAGUGUGCGUGAAAAUGAAGCUGUGUCUGUCUGUAUUGUUCUUGAUUUACUUCCGGUCAGCAGACACUUACACAGUCAAAGUCCUGUCGAACGCCUCCAAGAUCUCGGAAGGAAAAGACAUGCUGCUGAGUUGUAUCGUGGAGGGCCUAACAGAGGAACUAUUCCUAGACAGAUCAAAGGCGUAUUCAGAGUGGAUAUUCCGGGGAGAUAACAGAGUGGUGAUACUAAGUCAGUUCCCACAGAAGAACUCCUUCAUACCUAAAUACGCGACGAAUCUUACAAGAGACGCACUUUCUGGUUCUCUUCACUUCACAAUAGUAAUCAAUGAAGUCACCGACAGAAACAAAGGAGUUUACACCUGCGUGGUUUCCAAGGAUACAACGGUGAUUAGGAAGCAGCUGGAAAUUUCAGGUGAAGACGAGGCAGAUAAGAUGUCGACUUCCCUGGUGUUUGUUGACGACAAAGUAUCGAGGGAGGCGGCGGACAGGAAGUGCGAGUUGUACGGGUUUCACACACCAAACAACAGGACAAACAUUACAGAACUCAGCUUAAUCAUGCAUCCUAAUGAAACGUCAUGGACAUUUCGUGAUGACGACAGACAUGACGUCACACUGAAUCGUCACUGGCUUUCCAUCAGAGGUUGUUUUCAUAUGAAUGUGACAUUUGAAGCGCAGCACUAUACGGAUUGUGACGUCAUCUAUGACGCCGAAUAUUCCUUAAUGAAUGCCUUUCUUGCAAUACAUAACAACUCUUGCUACGUUUUAUGGAAAUGGAUUGAAGACUUGAUGAAAUAUCAACUUUCGGAAUCGUUAUGUGGAUGGAGAUGUCCGGAUAUUAUUGAGACCGGAUGUGGUGGUGAAGAUGCAGUGUCGCUGUACAAAGUGGUAGAAGUUGAUUUCAUAGACUUGUCAAAAGUUCGGCAAUCAUACGAAGAAGACUGCAAUGCUUUGUAUUUGACCGAUGUUGAACUCCCAAAACAAAGAAUUCCUUGUCAUAUAAACCCCACAUGCAGUGCAGUGUGCGUACAAGAUGAAAGGAGAGUUUUCGCCAACUACACUCUUGUAGUAUGGAUGGAUGCGUACCAUUUAUGCGCUGAAAUGAACGCCAGUCUUCCUGACGAGAGACAGAACAUUUCUUACACCAUUGAUGAGUUCCCUUGUCUGGGAGUAUUCAAAAGCAGCAAACUAUCUUUCAAGGAAAGAAGACUGCAGUAUGUCGUCCAAACAAAUAAUGGUAGCAUCCUCCUUAAGUCUACAAAUACCAGUGUGGGAAAACUUCCUUACAUAUGCGAGCUGUCAACAGAACAAGCUGGUGGUUCCGACAAGACCCUGGUGGCUUCAGACGGAUCCAAACCACUACAGCAAUUUAAAGCAAUAUAAGCUGUCGGCGGCGGCAAUUUUUUUAAAUCAUGAAAGUGUCGCUAAAACGUUUUUUCAAUGCGAAAUAUAAAAUUCUAAACUCAAUUUCAACUCAACGAAGGUCUAAAACGCACUGAAAACGAGAAAAUUAGCAGUGCCGGAAUUUUUGUCUUGCAAGACAGUCUUUCCCUGACGUAAUCGGAGAUAUGCAAGUGACCUCUGGGUCAAACCCUCGGAUGCUGAUAUACGCAUAAUAUAUCGGAUAUUAUGUCUAAGAUGUCGGGGAAAUGUGGAUCGAAAGUAAAACUAACAGACUCAGCAAGAAAAAGAAAUGAAAGAGAAGCUAAUGCUAGAUUAAACAGAAACAAAAUAUAUAUUGGGGACCAGUACGAUCGUUGGACGGAGCUACGGACAAAACUGUCUUUGAAAACAAACAUCGAAGUUGCAAAGAUUCUGCUUGACAAUUAAGUGUGUAGUAUAUUAUAUCAAUUAUUUUGCACGAUAUUUAUAAGAAAGAUUGGGGAAAACUAUAAAUACAUGAUUGGUCUUCUAAGCUUUAUUUUAUAUCUAGCCGAUGUUAUUUGUUACUGAAGUACUACACAACAAACAAGCAUCUCCGUAAGCUAGUUGGUAGCGUAAAUAUUGUGAGGCACGGAAGGGGUAAACUGUGAUCUGUAAACGUUUAUAUUUUGUUGUUCUAGCUUUGAAGCUAAGGAUGAACAAGACAAAUCGACAAAUGUGACUGCGGAAAAAGUCUUCAUACCCUAUGUUACUUCAACGCCCGGUCCAUCAGCAUUGAAGAAAAUCUGUUUAGUACAGUCUGAUUUAUCAGACAUUCUCUAGAUGAAGUUGGAAAAGAAUAAGUAUCUAGGCCUGUUACACAUUUUGUAAAAUUUUUGAAAUGAAUCAUGUCAUAGUUUUAAAUAUAUUAACAGAAACAAGUUCAAAAAGAUAUUUAAAAUUAUUCAUUUUAUUGUAUAUGAUAUGAUUUAUUAACCAAUGUUGGACCCACAAGGGGCAAAUAUACAAAGAACAGUUAUGAUUGAAGACAUAUACAAGAGACAGACGUGUAUGCAAAACAUACAUGUAGUUAACAAAGUUGUGAUUACAAUACAAUUUAGAUUGAUUGCA